GUGAUGGGAAAUUAAGUAUAUUUUGCAAAGCCAAUGGAUAACUCGAUAUUUAAUUAAAAUAUCCCCUUAAACUCUUAAAUCUAACAUCUUGGAGGAUAACAUUAUUAGCAUAUCGAUAGGGUCGAACUAUAUAAGCUCAAAAACGAGGUAACUAAAUUUCCAACAAUUUUUGAAAAAAUAAUAGCUAAUUCUGUUUCAGGUGAAUAGGAAGGAUAAUUAUUUAAUUUUCAUAAUAAGGCUUAAAGCUUAAUUCAUCCAAACCUGAUAAAAUAUUAUGGAUUUUGUAUUGAUCCUGAAAUUACUACUAAUUUGAUUAUUAGUAAAUGGUAUUAUUAAGCACUUUACAAAACAACUAAAAAUAUAUGUUCAUAUCAUUUUUAAUAUAAAUCAUUAAUUCCAGAAAAGGACUUGUGGAAUGUAUCAUUAAUCAUAUACUUUAAAUAGUUUCUUCAUCAAAUUUUAUAAGGGCUCCAAUUUUUAGAGACCAAACAGUAGUGGCAUAUGCAAAUUUAACCAGAUGCUAUAUAUUUGGAUUAAAAUACUCAAAUUAAAUUGAUACCUAUGGGAAUUUUAAGGAUAAUGAGUGGUUAUACUCUUGUAUUAAAUAAAUAAGGAUUAGCUUUGCUCUCUCCAGAACUUAUUGAACAGUUAAAACUAAAAAAUAUAAAUCCUGUUCAUGAUCCUUCCAAAUCUGAUAUCUUUUCUUUAGGUAUGACUAUGUUAGAAUUUAUGACCCUUAAAAGCAGUUUUGAUUGUUAUUCUUUUAAUUCUAAUCCUCCUUAAUUAAAUGAUCAAUUAAUUGAAGAACGUUUAUAAGAAUCAAUUAUGAAUGGUUAUUCUGAUGACUUAAUUAAAUUAACAAAAAAUAUGCUUCAAAGAAAUAUGAAUUAUAGAGUUGGAAUUAGAGAUAUUUUAGUAUAUAAUUUUCAUAUUCUUAGAAUUCAAAAGAGUUAAAUCAAAAUUUACAAAGUUAGAGUAACAAUUUCUCUCCUUUGAAACCAACAUUAAAUCUGAGUAAUUUAAGAUAACCAAAUAUUAAUUAAUAGGAAUAAAAACCUUUGAUUUAACCUUCUAUACCACCUCCAAUUGGAUAAUCCAAUAAUCAAUAACAUUAAGUUUAGGUUUAAACAUUUUAACCUCAUCUUGAAUUAAAUAAAAUUGAUAACUUCUAACAAUCAUAUUCUUUUAGGGAAAAAUCAGAUGAAGAAUUACUUUUAAGAGAAUAACAAAUUAAUAGAUAAUUGGAAUAAUAAUUAAAGCAAUAACAAUAGAUGUUAUAAUAAUAAUUUUAAUAACAAUAAAAAUAAUAAUAAAUAAUUGAGGAAUAGUAAAGAAAAUUGUUUUCUCUUUAAUAAUAAAUUAAGUAGAUUGCUGUUUAAUUAGAAUAAAGUCAAAUUGAACCUAAUGAAAUUUUGAAUUCUUCAAAUAAAUAGGAUAAUUUUAAUUAUUAAAUCAACUUGCUACCAACUCCUCCAAUUACUUAUGCAAGUCCAAUUAAGCACACCUUAAAUGAUUUCACAGAAAAUAUUGAAAUUUAAAAUAGAGUGAAUUAAGUCUUAGCCCAAUCAAGAUAAGCAAUUAACCGAUAUUAAAAUUGA